GGACCGUUUGUGAUUGGUUUCUUUAUUAAUGGAAAAAGGAAUCAUGGCACCUUCCUUUGUAUUUUUGGUAUCUUUUAUAUUCUUCUCAACACAAUUAACAAUGGAAACUUUCCCUCGCUCAAAUGCAAAUUCCACACCGAAAGCUCUCGCCAUUUCUCUCUCUUAAAAGCAAAGUCCACCCUGAAAGCUCUCGCCAUUUCACUCUCUCUCUCUCUCUCUCUCUCUAAAAAGUAUUCUCCGACUUCCUUGUAACAAUACCAAAAAAAAAGUGUUUGGUUCUCCAAUAUUUGAAAUUUAAUCGUUAAUGGCGGAGAAGGGAAGAGUGUGUGUGACAGGCGCAGGAGGGUAUGUGGGGUCGUGGCUUGUAAAGCUUCUCCUUUCUAGGGGCUACAGAGUCCAUGGAACCCUAAGAGAGCCAGGGGAUGUAAAGAAUGCUCAUUUGAAGAAACUAGAUGAUUCCUUGGGGAACUUGCGGCUCUUCAAGGCAGAUUUGCUGGACUACAGCUCUCUUCACACAGCCAUUGCAGGAUGCGAUGGAGUAUUUCAUGUUGCAAGCCCAGUCCCUCCAGGAAUGGUACUGAAUCCUGAGGUAGAACUUAUUGAACCUGCUGUUAAUGGUACACUAAAUGUACUCAAGGCAUGUUCUGAAACAAAAGUAAAAAGAGUUGUGGUUGUGUCAUCUAGAGGUGCUGUUGCCAUGAAUCCAAACUGGCCAAAGAAUCAGGUUAUGGAUGAAACAUGCUGGUCUGACAAGGAAUACCUUAGGGAAAUCAAGAAUUACUAUCGCCUUUCCAAAACUGUAGCAGAAAGUGAGGCUUGGGAUUAUGCAAAGAGAAGUGAGCUCAAUGUAGUAACUGUUUGCCCGUCUCUGGUUAUCGGGCCAAUGCUGCAAUCUACACUAAAUGCUAGUAGUUGGACUCUUUUCAGGCUUUUGCAAGAUGGAUCGAAGUCUGUGGAAAACAAGGUCCAGAUGAUCGUAGAUGUCCGUGAUGUAGCUGAAGCACUGCUGCUGGUAUAUGAGAAGCUUGAAGCAGAAGGGAGAUACAUUUGUACAGCACACAUGAGCAAAACAAUGGACUUGGUGGACAAGCUGAGGCGCUUAUAUCCUAACUACAGCUAUCCAAAGAACAAGAAAAGGCCUACUCUAAUCAUAAGGGCGUUAAUGCCCCAUGCAACCAAGCAACGGCUGAGCUAGCUGAUCGUAGACCACCCACCUUAGACAAAGAAGGAAAUCCCUCGGCAAACAAGCAACAGAUUUCUUGCUUCCUUUAUUUGGUCUGCCUGAAGCAACAAUCAAAUAGGACAGCUAGCAUGAGUCCUGAACUCAAGGAAUUCUCCAGAGCGAGGCUCCAUCAUUGACUUACCGUAGCCGUUUUCUUGUUCCCUAUAUUCAGUUGCUUUCACAGUCCGGCCUUCUACUAACUGAAAAUAUGAUUUCAAGGAGAGCGUAAGCUUGCAAAAGAAUGGUUGUUUUUUGAGAAACAAGAAAAAAAAAAAUGCAAUAGGAUGAACAGAAUAAAGGAAAGUGUGUGCAUAAGUUUGGCUGAGCAAGAAGUGCAAUGAGUUGGCCAAGAAUGUAAGAGCGUUGAGAAGUUUACCAGUGUGAGGUGAGUAGCUUGAUGAAGAUGUUGGCCAGCUUGAAGCUUCUGGGCUCCAAGGAAGUUUAUUGUGGAAGAGCAGAGCUGAUUGUAUGGGAUAACAUGGUUGAGCUUUGUUGUCAAACAAAGCAUGUUGAUGAUUUGACAUAUAACUAGGCUGGAAGACCAAGGAAUCUAUGGAGAUUUUGUAGCCACCAUGGGUGUUGUGAGCCGCUGCAUGAGGAAGUCCGCAAAUGAGGUAGACUGUAAUCCAUGUUAUCCAUAGGCAGUGAGCAAUGGAGGCAAGGAUGGAAAGCAUGGAGUAGUUGGCAUCAUCAUGAGUGGCAGUUAUCAGAUGUGUUUGACAUGAUGAGGAGGCAGGUGCAAGUCCUAGAGUGCAUGAGGUGAUGUUACUUGAUGGAGUUGAGAAGGUGGAUGCUUUGGUUGAAGUAAGUAGAUUUUAGGUUUCAUGUCAGGCGAGUAGAUUGAAUGAGUUGUAUCUUCUCUUAUGUUGGUCGGACCAUUAAUUCGUAUGCAUGAGAUUUUAAGGAAAUCAAGUCGGCUUUUAGUGGAAACUGGAAUUAUGUUUAUUGGAUCUCAGGGUUAAAAGUUAUGGUUCGAACAUUAUGAAUGACAUGGGAGUUCAGAACUUUGUUCCUGCUCAUCCGGCGACUUCAAGCCCAGUUUCAACAGUUUACGCACAUUCUGGGUUGAACUCCAAAGGAGAGUUGUUGACCCUCAAGGCAUCUUUAAUGUGGCACCAGAAUUAGGUAAAUCCUAAGUCAGAUGAGGAAGUUGCUAGACAAUUGUUUUGGUAUAUAUUGAUUCAGAACACUGCUUCAACAUCGAUUUUGUACAUGCAAUGACUUCACAAAACUUUUGAGUUGUCCUUCAUUUAGAAUCUGUGGAAGAAAAAAAGCAUAGGAAAGGUAGAUCUCUGAGUUAAGUUUCCAACUAUUUAAGAAUCAUAUCAAUCCGAUAUUGGAGUUGGAAGUUAUGACUUGAUCUUCAGACAUGGCAUGUGUGCUUCAGGAAACUGUUUCUGCACAUGCAUCGGAUUCAAGCUGAACCUGCACUGAACCUGAGUUGAAAGUGUAAACAUGAAAGUUGUAGCUUUCAUAUUGAAAAAGAAUCAAGUUAAUCAGAGAUUAGACAGAGAAAUAUGAUCGUUUUAGUGAGCAAAGGUUGGGUUGCCAGCUGCUGGAUCAUGGAACAGGUUAGCUGGUUGGAAUUAGGUCCAUUUUGGCUAGGAGCAAAGUGAACAGUAAUCGGAUCACCGGUUGCUCAAACAAGACGAGCAGUUCUACCUAGAACAUGUGAUUUUGUGGUUUUAAGUGGCUUUUUGGAUUGUGGGAUAUAUAAGGGAGGAAUGGCUUCAAGAGAGAACUAUAGGAGAUGCCUUUAAGCUUGAGAGGAGUGAUUUAUGAGGAGAGGAAGCUCAAAGAGGAGGAACCCAAGAAUCCUCAAUCUUCCAUGUUCCAUUUAUGCUUCCAAGCAUUCAAGUGAAGAGUUGUGUUGUGCUCUCAAGAAGACAUUGAAGGGUUUAUGAAGAAGGCUCAAUGAAGGUUUGGCUUUCUCAAGAACAUUAGUUGAAGUUCUACACAUGUUUUUUUUUUAAGUGUUAGUUGUGUUGAGAAGAAGAAGAUGAAGAAGAAGAAGAAGUAGAAGAAUAGGAAGAACACAAAACCUAGGGUUUGUGGUUCUUGAGAGAGACGCUUCAUGUGCACUUGCUCUGGCAGAUACCAUGCUCGGUUGAGAAGAAGCAAAAGAGGAUGGAAGAAAACAAUGUAAUGCAUUAGUGAUUGGAGAUGUAUAGUUGACAGCAUCUCUGGAGGUUACCAUCUAUUUUAUUUGAAUGUAGGGUAUGUGUUUGAUAUAUUGCCUAAGUGAAUACUUGCAUUAUAUUGGGGGCGGGAUUUGUAUAUGUAUGAGUUUGCGAUUGGGAAUGUGGGCACAUUGCUUUGUGGAUGUAAGAACACUGCCAAACCAUGUAUAUCUCCGUCUUGUGGUGCAUGCUCAUCGUAUAUUUGCAUUGUAUAUUAUUUUCUGCAGGGUGGUUUGUGGAGGAUGGAUUAUGUGAUGAGUGGUCGGUUGGUGAUAGCCCCAGCUAGUGAUAGUUGUAUGUUUUUGCUGUAGGGUGAUACAUAUGUUGUAUACAUUGGUAGACUUGGCCGCAUGGUUGUGACUGUAUGUAAUUGCGAGGUGAG